AUGACCAGAUUCUUCUUUCUCUGGAUUUCCAUCCUCUCCCCUUCCUCCUCGGCGGCCGGGCACCAACGCCUUCAUAACGGGACGGAGCAGGGGGAUCCCCAGCAGGCGCCCUGCACCCGCUCCGAAUCUCACGCCGGCUUAGUGACGGUGGAUUGUUCCAAUGGCACGACCGGCGAGGAGCUCCGGUCGACCUUCAACGAGUCAUCCUGGCGCCAAUUCUGGAAAUUCAAGAUGGACCGGAACACCAACGUAGAAGAACUCCCAGAAGGAGCAUUACAAAACGUCUCCUUCGAGAGGAUGAACAUCCGCAACAGCGUCGUGAAGACGAUCCAUCCGUCGGCCCUCCUCUCUUCCGCAGAGACGCUAUCCGUGCUGGAAAUCUUCUCCUGUCACAUGGAGAGUUUUCCCUUCGACGUCCUCCCCCGGCUGACCAACCUCAGGGCUCUCAUCCUCCCGCUCAAUCGCUUCGCGUCCGUCCCGCCCCUUCGGAGCAGAAGCCUCGAGGAACUCUUUCUCAUGUGGAAUAAAAUUAUGAGGUUGGAGAAAGACGGAUGGGCGACUCCUAAAUUGAGAAAACUCGUAUUAGGGGAUUCUCAAAGUGCUGAUGAAACUAUCAGUUUCGUCAUGCCAUUGUCCAAUGAAGAUCGUCGGUCGGCUGUGAUCAGUUUGCACGAAGCUGGGAAGUCUCCCGCCGAGAUUUUCCGACUGCUCCAGAACAAUGGCUACAACCGGAACUUCAUCAAACGUACAAUUCAGCGGUUCCUUGAGACAAACUCUACAGAAGAUCGCGAUGGCGCCUUCCUCCUUCAUAUCCAACAGGUGAACCUUGCCAGUAACACCUCCCACUACGCACCGAUGGCGCCUUCCAGUAGAAAGAGCCCAUCCAAUGGGAAAUCAGAGGGAGAUGGGGAGGAUGCGAGGGAGAUGGAGGGUUCAAAGGAUGGGAACCCUUUCUCGGAGUUCCCAUCGGAUGUCAUCAACGCAUUGGAGAGACUGGAGGAGUUCUCUUGCGCGGAAUGCAACCUGGGACCGAACAUUCCGAGCGGGUUCAUCAAUUUCCGUAGCGAGUCCUUGAAGGUGGUGAAUCUCGCUUGGAAUAAAAUCGUCAGGUUGGAGCCCGGAGCCAUCACAGGUAUGACACCCAACACGUAUGUCGAUCUACAGCACAACAAUAUCGCCACUUUCCCGAAGGAAAGCUUCCAGUCCAUUCUACAAGUCCUCUCGCGCGGGAACGGGAUCCUCAACGUGAAUUCAUUUUCCCCCGAAGGAGGGAAGCCAGCAGGGAAUACCAUUCCCUGCGAUUGUCACGCCGAAUGGUUAACGAACGACCGACUCUUCAAGAGCAUCGGCGGGAGGUGUCGAAACGGAAUCGAAUUUCAUCAAUUCAGAUGGGACGAAUUAGAGUGCCUUCAGCCCUGCCCCUACUCGUGCGUCCAGAUCGGCCUCUUCCCCCUCUGCAAUCCAGAGACAGUCAUCUUGUCGAAGGUGGAGGGCUGCCGACAUCAGGAGCUGUGCUGCCAGCCGAACUUCCCAUCGAUCGCCGCGACGACAAAGCCCCGACCGACAGGUGCGAUCGCGGCGCGAAUC